ACUCUAGAUCUAAUCAGAACCAUCGUUCCUGUAAUUCUGUGGUCAAUUUCACUGACUUUAUUGUUUUGUGAAAUAUAUAUGGGUGGUUUGUGAAAAUGUUGCAGAUUGGAACUAAAGUCAUCAAACGUACUUUAUUCAUAAAUCCAGCUGCUUCCAAGUUACUAUCCAGAACGCCAUGGAACCAUCAUUCCAUGCGUUUCAAGCAGGAUUUUAAAUUUGGGGCUUAUGAAUUUGAACAACCAGAAAAUCCUUGGGAAGAUAGAUCCUACAGAAAUAUUAAGAUAAGCCGUGCGACCGGUUGGCCUUUGUUAUUAGCACCGAAUUCUACACAUCCAAUGUGGCAGCCUCAUCUAUCUGAUGACAAUACGGUCAUGCCUAGAGAUGGUUAUGGUUGCUUGGCUAGUUUUCCCCCCGAGGUUUCCACGAGGAUAACUCACACCUACAGACUCCCCCCUCAAUUUUAUCCCUUCUUAAAGAGAUUGGGAGAUGAUACACCGGAACUUAAGCCUUACAUGGAUAAAUUAAUGACUGGAAGCUUCACUAACCAUGACUAUGAAGAAAUGUUUUACAAAUUUGCAAAGCCACUAAAAAUAUAUCGCAAACUUAUUCCAAAACCAUACAGAACUGUUGAGGAACAGGGCAAGGAAGAUGAGGUCACAUGGGAAUCAUCAUGGCUCAGUUAUAGACAAAAGGUUGCUGCAGAUUACAAUAUGUCUGCUGAAAUGAGACAAUUUCUUAUUGGAAUGUUAAUAGGAAUUUAUUUUGCGUACUUGUGGCUUCAAAUGCACAAGCAAUAUAGACUUGAUAUGAGACUUUAUUAUCACGAAGCACCAGAGCACAAGUACUUUUGGGUGAAACCCAGGGGUGAUUUGGUUUAA